GCGCGGGGCUGUCUGGCAACCAUGGCUUCCCCAAGAGAGAAUGUCAGUUUGUUAUUCAAGUUAUACUGCUUGAUAGUGAUGACCCUGGUGGCUGCAGCUUACACCAUAGCUUUAAGAUACACAAGGACAUCAGACAAAGAACUCUACUUUUCCACCACAGCCGUGUGCAUUACAGAAGUUAUAAAGUUAUUGCUAAGUGUGGGAAUUUUAGCUAAAGAAACUGGUAGUCUGGGUAGAUUCAAGACAUCUUUAAGAGAAAAUGUCUUAGGAAGCCCCAAGGAACUGAUGAAGUUAAGUGUGCCAUCAUUAGUGUACGCUGUUCAGAACAACAUGGCUUUCCUAGCUCUGAGCAAUCUGGAUGCUGCAGUGUACCAGGUGACCUACCAGUUGAAGAUUCCCUGUACUGCUUUAUGUACUGUUUUAAUGUUAAACCGGACACUUAGCAAAUUACAGUGGGUUUCAGUUUUUAUGCUAUGUGGAGGAGUCACACUUGUACAGUGGAAACCAGCCCAAGCUACAAAAGUUGUGGUAGAACAGAAUCCAUUAUUAGGGUUUGGUGCGAUAGCGAUUGCUGUAUUGUGCUCAGGAUUUGCAGGAGUAUAUUUUGAAAAAGUUUUAAAGAGUUCAGACACUUCCCUUUGGGUGAGAAACAUUCAGAUGUAUCUCUCAGGGAUUGUUGUGACAUUAGUUGGCGUCUACUUGUCAGAUGGAGAUGAAAUUAAAGAAAAAGGAUUUUUCUAUGGUUACACAUAUUCUGUCUGGUUUGUCAUCUUUCUUGCAAGCGUUGGAGGCCUUUAUACUUCUGUUGUGGUCAAAUACACAGACAACAUCAUGAAAGGCUUUUCUGCAGCAGCAGCCAUUGUCCUUUCCACCGUUGCUUCAGUGAUGCUGUUUGGAUUACAGAUAACACUCACCUUUGCUCUGGGCACCUUUCUCGUAUGCGUGUCUAUAUACCUUUAUGGAUUACCCAGACAAGACACCACGUCCAUCCACGAAGGAGAUACAGCUUCAAAAGAGAGAGUCAGUGGUGUGUGAUUUCACUCUCAAGAGAGGGUCCUACUAAGACUAAAACAUUUGCAUUAAACUAGAGCCUUAAAUCUAUCCCAGAGGGUAGCUUAAACAAACAAAAACAAAAAAUUAAUUGUAUGGCAUAAAAAUUAAGAAGGAAGCUACACUUGAGUUAAUUGCUAAUGUAGACCUGUUGGGGGUCAAACUUUUGUUUUUGAAUGAAGGAAUUUUAUUAUUGUAUAUAUAAUGUACAUAAAAAGUAUGGAGCUAAUGUGGUAUUAAAAAAAUCAUGUGAGGAUACAAGUGGACUGGAACAAUGUUUAAGAGUUAAAGUGCCAAAGCCAUUUCUGUACUAACUGUUCUUUUGUUCAGGUACUAGGGAAGAGGGGUGAUCCCUCCUUGUUCUCCGUUCAUGGACAGUGUUUUGUCCGGCAGCAGUAAAGACCAAGUUCUCUUACAAAAGAGGCACAGAUAAGACAGGCUAGUUCAGAAACAAACUGAAUGUGUAACUUUUUCUCAAAAUGAAUCUGUUUCAUAACGCAGACAAUGAUUUCGUGGUGGUGACUUGAGUACUCCUUUAGUGCUAUCUUUGUGCCAUGCAUUGUCUGGAUUCAUAUUUCAUUACAGUUAGACGAUAUACUUAAAAAAACCUUUUAAUGCCACUUUUGUACUUUUUUUAAUAAAGUAUGUUUAACUGUUGGGUUCUCAAUAAUUUGUGAAAUUUCAGUGUUUUUAAAAAAGAUUUCUAUAAUGUUAAUGGGAAAUUGAGCAAUAAACUUAAUUU